UGGCCGCAGGGGCACCUGGACACGAGGGAUUCCUGUUGGGUCUCUUUGUGCCUGAGCACCAAGACCUUCAUCAGCAGCCCCGUGAAGACCUGCUCCGGGAAUCAGCCAUGAAGAUCCUGUUCCUGCUCUUCCCCUUCUUCCUCCUCUUUCUCCAGGGUGCUGCAGGAAAUUAUGCCCUCUGUGGAUCAGAGGUGGAGUUUGUCGUCCAGGGGGCUGCCGGUUCCCUGAAAAGCAUAAUGGGAGAUGUUCACUUAUCGUUCCUUGCUGCAGCAGGACAUGGGGUUGAUGCCCUGAAUUUUGUGAGCAGGAUGUCCCCCUCGCUUCUCGCUCCUGGAAACAGCUCCUGACGUCCUCUCCCCUUCCCACCCCUGCAGUCUCCGCGUGGAGUGCCCGUGGGAGUGGAAGCACUGCUC